AUGUUGAGAAAUAUAUUACUUAAAAAUAAAGAAAGUAGUCCAGAAUUACUCUCAAGAGUAAUUAGACUUCAAGUUGAAUUAACAAAGCCUGAUAACAAUAUAUUUAGUUUUCCUGAUUUAUGCAAAGAAGCCGGUAUAGAGCUUCCAAAUCCACACUCAAGUCUUUAUCCUUCAACUUCUGAAAGUGAUUCGGAAAGUCUAGAAAUAUUAGAGAAUUCAGAAAAAUAUGCAAAUGAAGAAAAUAAUACCGAUGGUAAAAAGAAGAGAGCUAAAAGAGUGGAACGUUAUGAUAUUUCGGAUCCUUUCGUCGAUGACAGUGAUCUACCAUCAUUUCAAAGUGAUAAAGAUAAAAUUCGUCCGAAAAUUGAUGGCUACUACGUUUGGAGAGGGCCGUUAGUAUUGGAAAAUUCAAAAUAUAAACGUAAAGCCAAAGCAGGGAAUGACGAGGAAAUGGAAAACAGUGAUAAGGAGAAUCCAAUAAAAAGAAGGCACAAGUGUAAAGCAAAAGCAAAGGAUGACAAGAAAGUUGCAAAUGGUGAUGAAGGGAUGGCAAUGGGUAACAAGGAAAAUCUAAGAAAAAGACAAUAUAAGCGUGACGAGGAAAAUCUAAAACCUCGUAAAAAAUGGAACAAAAAAUCUGAUAAAUCUGACAUAAGUGGAAAAGUCAAGAAAACAAGGAGAAAAGCUCCUCCAAAGAAUACAAGAACUCCUACUAUAAAGAAUCAAGAUGUUUUUUCUUCUUCGCACACUAGUUUAAAUAAGCAAAAAUCACAGCAGCAGCAAAGAGUUUCCCUUGAUUUAAACAAUUCAAUGCAAAUCGACACUCAAGAUGAUAAUAACCAUAAUCUUGUGGAUCCACUUCAUCCAGAGCUACAAGAGUUUAUCUCUUUUUUUAAGAAUGAAGUCUCAAAGGAAAAUUUUGGUGUUAGAUCAAAAUUUCCUCAAGUUCUCAACCCUAAUUUGACUAGAUUACUUUGUAAAGCAUAUGAACUUGAUGAAUUUAACGACAUCCUUUUUAAUGUGUUGACAAAUAUCUUACCAUAUAAUAAAUUCACACGACUUUGUUACAGAACAAUUUAUCCGAAAACAAUAUAUGAUUCAAAGUUAAAAAAAUCUGAUUUGAUUUCACAGUUGAAAAGUUCAGUUGACGAAAUAAUUCCUGAUCUAUUAAAUGAAUAUAAUGAUAAAUUAGCAAGAUUGGAGCCUGUCUCCUCCCCAUCGUUACCACCACCGUCAUCGUCGCCAUCAUCAUUGAAUAAUACCGAUGCUGAAAAUAUAGGAUGUGAUAAAAAAACUUCAAAAAGUAAAAAACCCGAUUCAAUUUUACCAAAAAGAUUUUGUUGGAAUAAUAGAACAAAAUCAUUAUUGUAUGAAAUCAUUCGAACAGAAUUAUCCAUAGUUGAAAUGACUAAUCAACUUGCAGAGUCAGAAGAAAAACCAACAAGGCUUUCAGAACUAACUUGUAGAAAAAAUUUAUAUCAACACCUCUUGACAAUUUGGCCUGAUGGUUGGAUGACAACUUAUGAGAUAGGAAGAGUACAUAGUGGAUAUAAGAAGAAACAUCAAUUAUCAUAA